AUGUGGUUCGAGUCUUUUCAUCCAAGCCAAGACGUGCGCCCGUCUCAAAGAGUUUGUUCUUGCACUGCUAGGCUCUUACUGGUAGAGAACAUACCUCUUACUGCCCUUCAAAACUUUUUUGAGACAGUCAAUUGUUUUGGUGACGCCCAGAUAUUGAACACGAGAAUUGAGGGUGACAGCUUCCAGUCAACUGUGGUUUAUAGCGACUUGCGCGAAGGACAGAACGCUUUGAAGGAAUUUCAGAAAGUGCCACUAUUUCAAACAAUAUCUGUAUCGCCUGUAAUUGAAACAGAUUUCGCUGUGAUAAUUAAUUGUACUAAUGCUAGCCGUCUUCAGCGCGAGCAAAUGACAUUUGAGUUGUCUCAGAUUGGCGCUAUCGCCUAUUCACGCGUCGAGCCCGAUAUUUCAGGUGGUUCCCAACUAUUCGUCUACUAUUACGACAGCCGCGCUAUACAGAGAGUAAUCAACCAUGGAUUUGCUGUGGGUACAACUGUCUGCCACCCUUUAAUUAUGGGUGUCACACAUUCCAAAGUGUGCUUCUUUUCUCCUUUCAAUGUAACAGUUACCGGUUCCAGUAUCCAGCCUCCGAACAAUCUGAUGGUUGAUCAUUGGUCUACUUCUAAAUCUCCAUGGAGUGCAACGGUAGGAUCUAGCCCUCCACUCGCCCCCAGUGCAAUCGCUCCCUAUUGCGGUCCGCUCAAUUCUACACGCACAGGAUUCUGCUCCCCUCCUGUUGAAGACUAUAUGGAAAGUCGAUGGUUUUCUCGCUCAAAGCGACCCUCCCCUACGACAGAUACUAGUGAGGGUAUCCCUACUCCUGCCCUCCCGAUAGUGGCCAAGCCUUCCAUUUGGAAUGAGGAGUCAAAAGCGGGCAUAGAAAGUGGACUUGCAGAGAAACGUCUACCAGUAUCUCCUGCUUCUGAUGAUACACCUCCAGCUACUCUCGCCACUUCUCCUAGUGAAAGUGUCAAGCCUAGUACUCCACCUGUCUUGCAAGGUGUAGUAACCCGGGACAACGUGCCAUAUAAAAAUGUUGUGGAUCUUGAUUUAAUUGACAGUGGCAAGGAGACGCGUACCACCGUCAUGCUGAGAAACAUUCCUAAUAAGUUCUCUCAGAAGGCACUGAAAGAAUUUCUCGACACGACUAAUAAAAACACGUUUAACUUUUUGUACUUGCGGAUGGAUUUUGAAAACCAUUGCAAUGUUGGAUACGCAUUCAUUUCGUUCACGCAUCCAAAACAUAUCGCCACGUUUGCUAGGGCUAGAUGUGGUCAGAAAUGGAAUAUGUACAAGAGCGAAAAACUUAUUGACCUAUCGUUUGCCAAGAUCCAAGGAAGAGCUAGUUUGAUUGCCAAGUUUCGCGCUUCACCCGUUAUGAAGGAGGCACCUGACUAUCGACCUAAACUCUACUAUACUUCCGGGCCCCAUAUUGGAGAAGAGGAGCCUUUCCCUGCCCGUUGA